AUGGAGAUUACACGUGUUAUUGUUGAUGAUAUUGGGGAUAGUUAUUUUUCUCUUAUGGUUGAUGAAGCCCGAGGUGCUUCAAUAAAGCAACAAAUGGGAGUUGUUUUACAAUAUGUGAAUAAGAAUGGACAUGUGAUAGAGCGAUUCCUUGCAUUGGUUCAUGUGCCUGAUACCUCUGCAAUUUCUUUAAAGAAUGCCAUUGAUUGUUUAUUUGCUAAACACAAGUUGUCUCUUUCGAGGUUAAGAGGGCAAGGAUAUGAUGGGGCUUCAAAUAUGCGAGAGGUACUCCAAAAUGCGCAUGAUGAUGGGGCUUCUAGUAAUAGUAGAGGCAUAGUGGCAAGUUUGAUUGACAAAAUGGAGAAUUACCAGUUUGUAUUUGUGAUGUACUUGAUGAGGCGUUUAUUGGGGAUGACAAAUGAGUUGUCACUUGCGUUACAACAAAAAGACCAAAAUAUUGUUCAAGCCAUGUGA